AUGUUGAAUUCUCUGAACAGAUCGCGUUGUAAACGACACCUGGGCACCGUCGCAGGCCUCAAUCGUCAGCGACAGCAUCAUGUUGAGGAUUCCGCGCUGACUCAAACGGUCUCCAGUUUGCAAAACCUGGGGGAUGUUAUCUCCGCCGCAAUAGUUGCGAUAAACAAACAACUUGAUCAGCCACAACGGCGUGUACGGGAAAAUGGCAAUCACCAUCUUCAAAGUGGUCUUGGACAAGGCAAUCGACCAGGUCUUGGACAUUCCGUUGUCCAAGUAGUCGGUGGAGAAACUGGAUCCACUGAAGAAGUUGUAUGCAGUGGAUGGAUCGUACAAUGCAACGUUAAGCAUCAAAAUACCCUUCCAUCCGCUGGUGAUACUGUCGAUUUUCGAGCUCAGAACAGCCUCCCAUUCUUCCUUGACGAAAGUAGGACCUCUGAUCAAAGAAGAAACAGGAGUGAUUGGAAUCAUGUGAAUACCAUGGAUGUACUCGAUGUUGGUUCCAAAAUAGGUGGUGUGAGCAAUCUUGUUCUCGAACCAAAUACCACUGCAGUAGUUCUUGAUGUACUUGGAUGGCAUCACCGUGUUGUCCUGGGUGUACAGGAAGUAGGUGUUGAGGGAUCUCUUGGUGAUGGCAAGCAUCAGGUCGGCUCUGUUGGACAUGUUGGAGUCGUUGAUGGCCUGGGCCCAGAUCUUCAUACCGUAAGCAAAAUUGUAGUCCUCACUGCUACUUUCCUCGUCCUUUCCAUCGGCGUAGACGGUAAUUCCGUGGGCAAUGGAGUGGCCCAAAUAAAAGUCAAAGUUUCUGAACACAGGGAAGUAGGUGUCGUCGCUGGAAGGAUUGGCCACGUCUCUCACAAGAGUGUUGACCCAGUCCUUAACAGAGUCGAUCCACGAUCCGCCCAAGUCGGAGUCCACAAGAGCACAGAUGGCAGCAGCAUGGAUGUGGUAGCCGUAGUGGAAAUGGUGGUCGUUGUAGAAAGCGUUACCGUAAUCCACAGAAGUAUCACCUUUGGACAUACCACCGGUGGAGCAGAUUCCACCCCAGUUUGUCUCCACGUAGUGAAGCACAUAAAGAACGUAGGCGUACUUGUCCAGGAUCUUUCCGGCCGUGUACAUGGAGUCAACGUCGGAAUAAGAGUAGACGUCGUUUCCGUACUCGUCGGCAGCAGCAGACUUGAUGGCGCUGAGCUCGGAGUCGGAGUAGUUUGGCGAGGAGAAGCCGGAGAUGGAGCUCCAUGGGUCCUUACCAAUGGCUGUGGUCAACGACUCGGACAUCUCAAACUUGUUGGUCAAGUAGGCAGUCAUGGAACCGUGGACGGUGUCGUCCAGAGUGGCCGAGGUCUUGGUAUCGGACGUGGUGGAGGUGAAGGAAGCCGCCUGGUGAGGCAUGGCAUACAUGAUGGUGGUGUUACUGUUGGAGGAGCCAGAGGUGGCAUACUCGAAUGCGUAGCCAACGAUGGUGUUGGUGUCUUUCAAAGCGAAAGAACAUGUUUGGUUGUCAGUGAACGUCACGUACAUGACCCAAGUGGCACCGUCGUUCAAGACAAUCUUGUACUUGUCUGUUCCGGUUCUUGGGGCAGUGUCACCGUUGACAGACUUGAUUCCAACUCCCGAGUGGAGUUCUGGGAUCAGGUCGUUAUAAACAGCAGAGACAAAUCCCAUACCUUGGACGAGCGAAGCGGUCAACGAGCCAGCGCUCUUGGAAGCAAUGGUCACAUCGAUGGACAUUUUCUUCAAAUUGGCCAGCUUGAUGGAAGUUCCGUCGUCAAAGUCGGUGGAGCCAAGACAAAGACAAAUGUUUCCAGAUGGAGCCUCGUUUUGGUGGAGUACCAAAUCGAAUAUGGAUGUGUGAAAACGUAUGAGGUCUGGUCAUCCAGAGUCAGGUUUCCCCAAAAGUUAUUUGUCUGCACGGCACCAUUUUUGGUCACCCCUGAAGGAACAGAAACCGUGGAAGCCUGCUGUGAAAACGACGAGCUUGGCUUGGAGGUGGAGAUGGCCUUAAAGAUAUCGCCGGAAGUCUCGCUGGAAGCUUGGACAGACAUUUUUUGA